AUGUCGUUCAUGUUUGACAACGUUCUGUGGUAUAAAUUUAUCGAUGCACCCCGCAUGCAAUGAGCAUAACAAUAACUGCUUUUCUAAAUUUUCCCUUGGAAACGUUACAAGCUUACAAAAAAAAACAUUUCAGCUGAAUAAAUUAUUUAAAAUAAAAAUAGGUGAUCAAACGAAUACAUCAUUCUUUUACCAUAAUCUAAAACACCAAACUAAAAAGAAGUUUAAAACUGAAUACACGCAAAAGGAAUUAACUCGUUUUGGAUCAGAAGAAAACGUGUGCAUUAUUAAACCCAAUAUAUUAUACAGAGUUAUAAUACAAUUUUCAAAUGGAACUAAAAGAAAAUCUGGCGCAAGUAACAAAUACAUUUCAAGAAAACAAAAUGAGUUCAACUUCCAUACUAUAUUAAUGGAAUGUGACCUUUUUAGUUACUGUUAUUUUGACUUUGAACACUUUAUUAGAACAUAUAUAUAUAUUGAACUUUCUAACAGAAAACUAAGGAAAAAUGAGCUACAAAAUAGCGGAUGUCAAAACAUAUUAGUAACUAAAACAAGUAGUAAGAAAACAAAGACAAAAUUAAAUAAACAAAAUGUAAAUUAUUUGAAGAUUGAAGAUUAUAAUUUAAAUAUACGCUAUAAAAUUGUACCUAAAAGUAAGCUUCAUGAAAGAAAUGUUUUUAAAUUUACAAUAAAUAACGUCUUAUCAAAAAUGGAAACCAUGAAAAAAGUGAUUGAUUCACCUCAGGCACCUACUACAACUCGUCGUGUUGGAACGGUUUCUUUCGAAGACAGUAAAGAAAAGUCGUCUAAGCAAUAUACGCAAAACAUGAACCAGGAGAACAUGAACGUAUUAUCAGAACCUGUCAUAUUUAAAUCACCCUCAGUAGUGCAAAUGCCUACUGCCACUACAUGUAAAGCUGUUGAAAAGUUUAAUCCAAAUAUGCGUUUCAUCCGCAAAAAUGUUGAACAAUCUAUUAAGAACAUCAAUUCUAAUUACAUGGAAUUUGAAACAGAAUUUCCUAGAGAUUAUGAUGAUAAUAUUGAAAUGCUAUCAAGAGAGGCUGAACAUUUAGAAAAACAAUUUUGUACCCCAACACGCACAAGUACAACUGAAGUAAAAUUGCAAGUAAUACAUAAUAAAGCUAACGAUGAUUACAUUAACUUUAAUAACAUUGAUCAGAAAUCUACUUCCUGUUUAAAUUCUAAACAUAUCGGAUUUAAAGUGGAAGAAAAAUUAGAUGAAAAAUUUUCUGAAGUAAGUACAGUGGAGAAAGAAAAUGCAAAAUCAUUUUACAGCGAUUCAGAAGAAAAACCUUUAAAUCAAUCGGGCGUACACUCGAGUACUGAAAGUAAAGGUACAGCUACUCCCAUUCAAGUAGGUAGUACUGUAACAAGUACAAUAAAAAUUGCUUCAUCAAAAGAUGAUGAUGACGAACCUAUAGCAAUGUCUCCUUGUGGUCGUUUCUUUAAAUACGAUAAGGAAGUUGGUAGAGGAUCAUUUAAGACCGUAUAUCGUGGCCUAGAUACCGAAACUGGAGUAGCAGUCGCUUGGUGUGAACUUUUGGAUAAACAAGUAAAAAAAAGUGAACGAACUCGUUUUCGAGAAGAGGCAGACAUGCUUAAAAAAUUGCAACAUCCAAAUAUAGUGCGAUUUUAUACUUAUUGGGAGUUCACAAUUUCUCGGAAAAAAAAUAUUGUUUUGGUAACUGAGUUAAUGCUGUCGGGAACUUUAAAGUCGUAUUUGAAGCGCUUUAAGAAAAUAAAUCCCAAAGUGUUAAAGUCAUGGUGUCGUCAAAUAUUGAAAGGCUUACAUUUUUUACAUACACGACCUCUGCCUAUCAUUCAUCGUGAUCUAAAAUGUGAUAAUAUAUUCAUUACCGGUACAACGGGAAGUGUUAAAAUUGGUGAUUUAGGCCUUGCAACUUUAAAAAAUCGAUCGCAUGCAAAAUCCGUUAUCGGUACUCCAGAAUUUAUGGCACCUGAAAUGUAUGAAGAACAUUAUGAUGAGUCGGUUGAUGUUUACGCAUUUGGGAUGUGCAUGUUAGAGAUGGCAGUAUCGGAAUAUCCUUAUAGUGAGUGCAAAGGACCAGCACAAAUUUAUAAAAAAGUAAUAUCAGGAAUAAAACCCGCAGCUCUCGCAAAAGUUGAAGAUCCCAAAGUACGAGAAAUUAUCGAAAAAUGUAUUGAGCUUAAGAAAGAAGAUCGCCCUAGCUGUAAAGAUUUACUUAAUUCUGAAUUUUUUGAAGAAGAUAUUGGAAUUCGUGUUGAACCAACAGCUACUGAAGCUUUUUUAAAUAACUCGGUAAAUAAUAUUAUAGAAUUUAGACUUCGUUUCCUUGAUCCGAAAAAACGUUCUUCUAAACACAAAGAAAAUGAAGCUAUUCAAUUUGAAUAUGAUAUAAAAAAGGAUGAUUGUGAACAAAUUUGUCAUGACAUGACUAAAGAAAAUAUUAUUAACGAAGAAGACACGAGAUCAGUGAUUCGUCUUUUAAAAGUACAAGUAUUUUCAUUAAUAAGGGAAAGACUGCAACGACAAACACAAUUACAACUUCAAAACGAAAAAUCACGUUUAGAAAAAUUAGCCUUACAGAAACAACGGGAAAUGCUCUUACCGGAAGAAGAUGAAGACGAAGCAGAUUCAGAAGAAGAUGACGAUGAUUUGAAAUGGGUUUCAAAGAUGGAGUUAACUGAAUCUAAAGAAAGUGAUGUUAAAACAAAGUCUGUUACAAAUAUUAAUAAAAGUACUAGUGCAGAAAUUAUUCUUAAUGAAAUUCAAAAUGAUAUUAUCAUUUCAAAUAGUGAACAAAAUUUGCCCGAUGAAAAACAGCAGAUACAUAAUCAAAUAUUAAAUCAGGAUUCUUUUGAAACUUUACCAAAUAUUUUGCAAAGUAAUGCAAACAUUCAAACUCAAUUACAACAGCCUGAAAAAUGUUCAAAUGACACACAUAAUCAACAUCAAUUAGAUUUAAAGGAAAAUAUGGAUAUUAAUUUGGAAAAAUCAGUUCAUUUUUAUGACUCUGCUAAUAAACACCCAUUUCAGGUGCCAAACAAUGAUCAUCAAUCACUAUUAUACAUAAAUAAACUUACAAAUUCACAAAAUUUAUCAACAGUUAAUGGUGACAACAAAAACCAACAAGGCGAUGAAAGUUCAUUGCAAGUAUUACAGGAUAAUAGCUUUUUAUCACAUAUUGCUCAAGCAUCUAUCCAACAUAAUCCUGAAGUUGCAUAUCAUCAAGAAACUGUACAGGAUAAAUUGUCUGCCAUGACAUUAAAUAUUAAUAAGACGACUGCACCACAGUGUUUAGAAACAAGUACCAUAUAUCCUAAUGAUUUGAAUAAAGUUUCGGAUAUUUCAACGGAUGAUGGCCAAAUUCGUUCACUCUAUCGCAAUUACGGCAUAAAUGUAAAGCAAUUAAAAACUAUUUCACAUAAAAAGUCCUCAAAAAAUGUUCAGUUGCAUGCGUGCAGCUAUCAAUAA